UUGUGACGGUGAUGUCGCCCCCGUGGUGGUCACCUUUGGUAGCAGCAGGUAAAGGCGUGGCCAAUCAUAUUUGCGUCAGUUACCUGAGAGCAUCAAGAUUAAAGGACGCUGCUGGCGGCGUCUACUUUAAUCUACCCAAAAGAAAACAACAUGGUGGAACAAACAAGACAGCCGAGUCGUGUUGUAUCCCUCCAGGCUGGACCUGGUGAGGUGGACACUGGCACCCUGUUUGACAUGAACCUCAGGAUCAAUGACAGAGCUGCACGGGCCUUCGGGCGCCAGUUGGCCGUAAUUGGAGAUCAGCUGGAGCAGGAAUGGGCCAACAGACAGCCAAACUGGCUACCAACCCCCCUCCACAUGCUGAGACCCGCUCAGGCACUGACCAGGACCAUCUAUCGGGAUAUCCACAGUCAGUUAUGGGGCCUCCAGGGCCUGUCCGCGGCAGUGAAGGCCUGGAUAGCGAGCACUGCACCCGGGCAGGGGAUCCUCAGAGCGGACACCUGGGCGACCUGGGUGUCCAACUUUAAACCAGUAACCUGCGCUGGCUGGACCAGAGGAGCACUGGUGACUGUGGCACUGGUGGCUGCGGUGACCAUUUUCGGUGCACUAUGGAUGGAAUGGAAAGCCUAAAAAGGGCCAUAAGCAGGUCUUUUUCAGCCAUUAUAUGUUUGACCAAAAAAAAAAAAAAAAAAAGGUUUGCAAAUGAAUGACAAUUAUUUCUAACUGAUUUGUUUCUGCUGUUUACUUUUACUUCUCCUUUUACACUAUUUUCAUGAACUGCACUGAAUUUGAAACCGGAAACAGGAGUAAAAAAUAAAAUAAAAAUACAAAUGGGUUUUACAGUGUUGGCCAGCAUAUUGUAGCAGUGACAUAUUGGUUCACAGUUGUAUUAAUUGUCAAAAAAGCCUAGUUUCCCAUGACUGGACUGUUGCUGGCCUGCAGUCUUUUGUAUCCUGAUUACUUUCUUACUGGUUUAAGAGGCCAAAAUUUUGUAAUGAAUUGAUAUGUAGCCUGGCUUAAUAUAAACUUAAGGGAGCUGGACUUUCUGUUUCAGACUUGAAAAUGCUUUUUAAUGUGAUGCAAAUAAACUUCAAAAUGACAA